AUGUGUGACGACGAGGUUGCUGCUCUUGUUGUGGACAAUGGUUCCGGUAUGUGCAAAGCUGGCUUUGCUGGAGAUGAUGCUCCACGUGCUGUGUUCCCAUCUAUUGUUGGACGCCCUCGUCAUCAGGGUGUAAUGGUUGGUAUGGGACAGAAGGAUUCGUACGUUGGUGAUGAGGCACAGUCGAAAAGAGUUGCCCCCGAGGAGCACCCAGUCUUGCUCACCGAAGCUCCCCUCAACCCUAAAGCCAACAGGGAAAAAAUGACCCAGAUCAUGUUCGAAACCUUCAACACUCCGGCUAUGUACGUUGCCAUCCAGGCUGUUCUUUCCCUCUACGCUUCCGGUCGUACCACUGGAGUUGUACUCGACUCUGGAGAUGGUGUUACCCACACUGUACCUAUCUAUGAGGGUUACGCUCUGCCCCACGCUAUCCUUCGUCUUGAUCUUGCCGGACGCGAUCUGACUGACUACUUGAUGAAAAUCCUUACCGAACGCGGAUACUCGUUCACCACCACUGCCGAGCGUGAGAUUGUCAGAGAUAUUAAGGAAAAACUUUGCUAUGUUGCUCUUGAUUUCGAGCAGGAAAUGGCCACUGCUGCUUCAUCAUCAUCCCUUGAAAAGUCGUACGAACUCCCCGAUGGACAGGUUAUUACCGUAGGAAAUGAGCGAUUCCGUUGUCCUGAGGCGCUCUUCCAGGUAUUGUUGCCAACUUUCCUUUCGCUAGUUGUGCUCAUUUUUAAUCAUAACUUGGCCUUUUCAGCCUUCCUU